AUGCUACGAUUCCUGGUCUGCCAAACGUCCCUGUCCGUGAGCGCCAGCGAGGUUCUCGGACAGAUUGCCUUCCAAGAGCACUUCCCCAUUGAUGGCGUGGCCCAGGCCGAGCUUGCAUCGACGCUUGUAGACUUGGGCUAUGGGCUUAACGUUGGAAAUGCUUGCCAACAGGUUUACGGCCUGGGUGCCUGCACGGCGAUGAUGACGAUCAUCGGGCUGACUGCCUGGUACCAGGACUCGGAGCUUUGCCUUUGUCUUUCCGGCCCAGCCUAUGACCUUGCGAGGAUCUCGGAGCAGCCCGCCAGCGAGGCGAAUCAGGCGCUCCUCGCCGACAUCGAGCUGGAGGUCAUGGAGCUUCGAGCUAGCUUGGAGUUGAAGGGCAUCCACCGCGACGCCAUCCAGGAAGCUUGCAAAAAGAAGCGGAAGGAGAUGCUUGAGGAGCACGACGCCAAGUGUGGUGAUGCCAAGAAGGCUGCGCGAGACGGAGAUCCCAAGGUGCAGGAGCGGGAGAAGGAGCGUGAGAAGGAGAAGGAUCUGCAGCUGCAGCGAGAAAAGGAGAAGGAGAAGGAGCGUGAGAAGAAGAAGAAGCAAGAAGAGAAAGAGGCCAAGGAGAAAGAGGAGCGCUUGAAGAAGGAAAAAGAAAAGCAAGCGCAGGAGAAGGAAAGACAGAGGAGAGAAAAGGAGAAAGAGAGAGAAAAGGAGAAGGACAAGGAGCGCGAGAAAGAGAAGGAACGCGAGCGUUCGAAAGGCAAGGAAAAGGCAAAGGCCAAGGAUUCCGACAAAGAUGCCAAGCAGAAGGACAAGGACAACGACAAAGGCAAAGAUAAGGACAAAGAUAAAGCUAAGCAGGUCAAGCGGAGAAGUCCUGCGAGCAAGUCUCCUUCAGGAGCCGCCAAGAAGAAGGUUCGGCGGUAA